AUGCCGUUUUUGUUCUUCUUAAGUGGUGGUUUGGCUGCUUUUCACUACAGGAAGAUUCUGUCUUACAUUGGUACGUACUUAUAAUGGACUUGUUUCUUGAUUGUUACUUUGUCAAUGCCUUCUAGGUGGCUUGGCCUACAUUUUAUAAAAAUGUUGAAAACGCUUGGUAAACAUUUUAAGGGAGCCACCUUAAGCAACAAAUUAAGCCACAUCCCGUCUGGGGAAUAAAUUCUCAUUUCAUUAGGUCGGGGGGGGGGGGUGGUCUCAUUAUCCUAUCUUUGAGAGCUAAGCUGAAUUGUGAAGGACACAGCUCAACGUGGUUGAGUGGAAAAAUUUCUAUUCAUGUUCACUGAUUUCUGGAUUACUGCUUUAAAUCUACUACAUUUAUUGCGUUAUUCUUUCCACUGUUUCCAGGUUGCUGCCCUGUGUCGACUGCAGUUGGUGACACUUCAAGUGGAAAGUCGACGGCUCUCAAGGUGAUUAGCAACUUGAUUGGAAUGCAAAUGGUAUCCCAGUCAUCGGGGCAGUUUGUUGUUUCAGAUCUUACGCGAUCGUCGAUUCCGCUUGCUUGGGAUGACCCAACACAUCCAUCUAUCUUACGAACGCCGCUAGUGUCCGUUUUUGAAGGAAUUGGUAACCAAACCCAAGAGCGUGGAAGUGAAAAACCGCUGACAACUUUCCUUCUAACUGUGAAUUUUAAACUUGAUGAUGAUUUGCGGUAUGUGAUUUGGAUUACUAAAAUCUACAUACAAUUCUAUUUAAAGACUGACUUGCCUUUGACUCAUUUGGGAAGAUGUUGGUUAUAUGUCGCAACUGUACAACAUACAAAUACGUUGUAGUUCUCACAAUAACUCUCAGAAUUUAUGUAGUUACUGAAUCAAAAUGUACUUGCUGUUUCCGACAAAAUCGGGAUAAUUUCCCGGGUAAAAUAACGAGGAAAACGGGUCCAAAAAAUACCUAGAUGCAGAUUAUAUUCCUUAAAUCUGAAAGUUCGGGUAGAAAACAACUAGUCUGUCCAAAUCAUUUUGAUAGAGAACAUUUAAAGGCACUGUUCAGCCUUCAGGUUUUUAUCGCGCAUUUCAGCCCUUUUACUUGAAAAAACUAACUAGUAGAGCCGUGUUUACACUACGAGCCUAAGCUUGGCCUUGGCCUGCAGGCUUUGGACUAAAUUUUUGUAGUUGAAACGCAUUUCGGCCUGGCCUAGGCCAGGAAAUCUCCAACACCUGUUGUGAUGAGCCUAUAUAGAUUCCCGGCCUAGGUCAGGCCGAAGUGUACAGAAUUAUACAUAAUUCAAGAUCAGUGAAAUCAAUGUUUUUAACAAUAAAUAUACUUAUUCUUACUUGUCUAGCUCUUUUGAAAGAACGACUCCGAUAUGGUUCAAUAAAUUGUUAAACAAGAAUGACGAAAAUGGUGAUAACUUUUUGGAUGCAAGGAAACGCAUAUUUGAUGCUGCAACGACGCACAGCCUGUUCGAUAUCAUCGCUCUCGGGCAACAAAUAAGUAGGGAAAACCUUGCACAUCACAUUACUUUCUUCAAGGAGCAUCUCAGUGGAUUGUCACCGCGUCUUGCUGAUAUCUAUGGGAUUUACAGGCUGUUGGCACAGGAGGUUUGUUUAUCGAUAUCAAUUAUUACACUAAAAUCAUUAAAUUAUUUUAUUUUUCGGUGACCACACUAAAACAAUCCAUUAAGUUAAACUAGCCAUACACCCUUUAGUUGGAAUUUUUAAAAUGAAGUACGUGCAGUGUCCCCCACUCUAUCCCAAACCAUCUUAAUAGAAACAUAAACAUCUUCGAAGAAACAUAACACACAACUAAAUUUACUAUAGUUCUAUCUCCUAAACAAAAACGAAAUGCCUACAUGGAAAUUGCUAUUUUUUGUGGUUGUAGAUUUGUUGGUAAACCACUUAAACUAAACUAAGUGCUAACAGUGCAUGCUGCAAAUAUUAAAUUGCGCUGCCAUUUACAACAACUUGUAAUCUUAUUGAUAUUUUUAUGCAGGUCAUUCAACUGGUGGAUGACGAGGAAAUCAUUUCAGAUGUAACGUUCGACAAUUAUUUAAAAAACGAUUUCCUUCCCUACGUUCGUGGAAUUUAUGAUGUUAGUGUCAAAACAUUCACAACUAUUGAUGAUGUGUUUCGUCAAGUGAUGUUAGCAGUCGAAAAACUUAAUCUAACGAAGGAUGAAGUAAGUAUGACAACAAGUAUACCAUGCUAACAUUAUACACUCUCAAAACACUAGGCUCGCUUAUAAAUUACCAUUCGUGCUACCAAAAGCAAGACCAAAUUGCUGUAUUCUCUAUAUCGUUGUUGUUUUGAUCGUUUUUUGAUGAAAAUGUAACCAAAUUUAUGUUUUUGCUUGGAUGAAAGGCUUAAUUAUAUAAAUAUCAGGCUAAAUGACAAAUACGAAAUAAUUGUGCUUGUAAUGUAUUGUUAUGUCCUGUUUACGUUACUAAGUGUUUAUAUGUGAUUGGAAAGUUAAAUAAAUUAAUAGUUAUGUAAAAAAAACAAAAUUUGAGUCUUGGACAUGGCUAACUAGCUUACAUUGUUUUAUAGGUAGGUCAGUGGAUGAGACCUAAAGUUAAGGCGAAGAGGAGUGGCCAACUCUUCAUGGUGUUUAUUGUUCACAAAGCGUUGGAUGUGAUUGCAAAGGGUGAACUGCAAGAUCGACCAAGUGACGCCAACGUACGUGAGCUUGUUGCACAAAUUGCCGGGCGCAGAGAAGAAUUCAAGUCUACGUUCGUUGGUAAGCCAACGAAAGUAAGCUGCUUAAAAGUUCCUCGCCACGUUUUUAGCAAAGAUUUGCUGGCUCAAAUUGAUGAUCGUAAGUAUUUGUAUACAUAUACUAGCAAACUCCUGGCGUGAACAUUGCAUGCGCCUUCUCCACACGUGUGCAAUAAAUCAUUUUCGCGUUAAUUACACACGUAAAAACGCACAAGUUGUAACAAGUCUGCAAACAAGUCUGUUCACAAGUUGUCAACAAGUUGUGCUCGCACUGCUUGUUCCCAGUCUAUUGUAACAAGUUUGAAACAAGCUGUUAACAACUUGUAACAAGCUUGAUGGCAUUAUAAGCCUUGUUACAAGAUUGUGCUAACAAGUUUGUUACAGCCAUGAUAUAACAAGGAUGUUACAAGGUUGUCAACACAAGGUUGUAACAAUCUUGUUAUAUGAAGCAUGUCAGACUUUCUACAAGGUUGUUACAAGUUGUCAACAAGUUGUUCCAAACCUGUUGACAACUUGUGACAAGCAGUGUGAAUACAUCUUGUUUACAGCUUGUGAACAGACUUGUAACAAACUUGUGCGUUUUUACGUGUGUAGUUGCCAUAUCACUGCAGCAUCCGGUAUCACAAAGCACACAUACGUAUACGCCUGGCGUACCUAUUUUUUGAAUGAGCUGUGAAUCAAUAUACAUUUUUUACAUACUUUUUAUAUAGUUUUCGAAAUCGAACAACCAGAAGAGCUUCAAAAAGAUGAAUGCCUCGAAUGCAAUCGCCAGAGACUAGAGAUUGAUGAAAUGAACAAGGCCCAUUCGCGAGAAAUCAAUGACGUGAAAAAGGAAUAUGAAACAAAGAUUCGUAGGAUCACUGCCGAUCUCCAGGUGAAAGUGAAGGAAAAAGAACGUCAAAGGAUUUCAUUUACAGAAGAGGUGACACAACUACGUGAAAAAUGCAAAAAUGCAACAAAAGAAAUAGAGACAUUGCGUGAAAAACUUCAGGGAGCAAAACACGAAAUUGAAAAGAGCAGUGGCCGUCAUAAAAUUAAUGAUAAACGCAAUAACGGUGGCAGUGUUGCUCAAGCUAUUUCUAGCAUUGUGGAAGGUGUGUAAGUCAUACAUUAGUUAAGAUUUGUUGAAUAAAAAACAUAAGGUUUUUUAUGAUUUAGACCCGUAUUUUUUGACAAUCAUUAUUUGUGUUUAAAAAAGUAUAUCUUAUUGAUGUGAAACAACAUCUAAAGGGUUUGCAUUUGUUGACAAAAGUUGCGCAACUGCCGUUGUCAUGUUUAUUUAAAGCCAAAGUAUCUGCCAUCUUGAAACGUGUAUGCUGCCAUAGCAACGGCAGUUGUGCAACUUUUGUGAAAAAAAAUCCAAACUUUUUAAAUGUUGUUUUGAGAUACUUUUUGUUUUUUAACAAACAAUAAAUUUUCCAAAAAGUACGGAUCUAAAUCAUGAAUUAUCCAUCCCACAAAAAACUGUAUUGCGCUUCCUUAAUAUACAAUAUGAAAGACAUGUAACGAUCAAAAUAUAGUGUGGUAAUAAUUUAUUAUCAAUCAUGUAUAGAUGCUGACGAAACAGGAACAAGUGCGUGUGCACAGAAUUCCCAAGGCCAAUCUUUAAAUGAUUCAGGUAAUACAAAAUUUUCCAAAACUACAGGCUGCUAUUAUUUACCUUUUAUGUAUGUCAAUAGCUAACAUUUUUAUUUAUUUAUUAACUUUGCCGGCAUAAAAUUACACAGAGUGGCCGGGACACCGCAAGAGCUUAUUGCCAAUUACUGCGGGCCCAAAAUUAAUAAUUAUUUAAUAAUUAUUCGCCGAAGGCGAGAUAACUAUCAGGAUACCCGGUGACUAAACCCGUGGAUAGGAGUGACCGCUCGCAGUCUGUGUUCACUUGUAUGUAAAUUAUGUAUAUUAUGAAUAUAACAGCCUUAAUACGUCAAAUUUGCCCAACUUGCAUAAGAUUUGUUAUAUUCACUUGGGCAAAAAUAGUAAACGUACGUAUGUGUUUAUUUUUCUGCAGGGAUAUCACUCGAUGGUGAUAUCAAAGACAAUGUGAAUGAAGGUAAGGUACCUUGAUUGAUUAUGAUGCAAACUUUUACUUAUUAUUAUUAAAAAUUAUUAUUACUAUUAUUAUUAUUGCUGUUGAUAUGAGUUUAAUUAAUAUAAUUCAUAUUUCAUAUUAAUAGUUUCUCCUUUAUAUGCUUGUUAG